GCUCCACACACCGCUCGACAUAUUUCCAUGGCUACUGUAUUGAUCUGAAGACGUUCUGCAAGACACAGACAUGUUCGUGUGGCCUCGGGUGGUAACACGGCGCCCUGAGUGCGAGAUAAUACCUGGCGGGUAGGUGGUGGCGAGACGGUGACCUGAGCGACAACCGACUUCACCAUUCCUCUCGGAUAUGUACAUCGUGAGACCUCGAUGUCGAUGAGAACUUAGUGGAAUUAAGUCCGCAACCGGAGACGGUCACGCUGUCACCAAUCAUCUAUUAAUAAGGGAUCAAUGUCACUCAUGUUUGUCUAGUUAGAGGACGCUACAGGUGAUUUCAGGCCCCGAUUGCAAGAGGGUCGCACUCUCUUCUUUCACAAAGACAGCUUGACAGGCGGUGUUUGUUGUCAGUGGUUUGGUCGGUGUCAGCUUGUUUGUGCAAUAUACAACAGCAAGGUUGGUGACGUAACGCUUCGAUAGAAUUAGUAGUCCAUUCAGCUCACUCAUCGGCUUAUAGGAAUAUAGGCUACCGUGGAGAGUCCGGAGCUCGAUUUGGUGAGUGGGUCUAUAAUCACCUGGCGAUUAUCUUCUGUUCAUAACCUGGAUGCGAGAGAUUAAGCACACGGCAUACCGACAGUGAAGACUGGUGGAGCGGAACGACUGCGUGUAAAGAGAAUAGUGAACAUUGGAGUACCGCCUCUCAACGUGCCGCUUUGUAGCCAGGGCAGCUUCCGGUAUGGUGUGAAGUUUGAUCAGCGUUAUAUUGAGGCGUAGGAACAAUCGGUGUGCGUGUGGUGCCUGUCCUUGUUUCUCGCGGCGAGGCUACCUGUGUCGUGACGCUGCAGUUCGCCUUGGGCUGUUGACACUGACAGACUCGUGUUGUAGGCACUGUUCUCAAAGUAUUCUGUCAGUUUGUCGUAACUACAUUUGUCGCUAUCCCCUCUACGCUGCUCGGUGUGUACGUGUUCCGAGUGCUUUAAAACCACACGAACCCUGUUUAAAGUGAAGUGUACACAGACGGCUAAGUCCUAGUGAGCUGCCCGUAGCCAAGGUAAACGGGGACUUCCGCAUUAGAUUUUCUGAAACUCGGGUAGGUUGUGGAGGUCCGUAGAGAUCCAUCUCUGCCCUGGUCUCUCUUGCCCCUUGUCUCACUGAUCACUGUGGGUUACCGACCGCCUUUGUAAUACCUGGAUUUGUAGAAGGAUGAGAGAAGGUGCAAGUGCCGCGAGAUGUUUCACAGGUGUGUUGGGGAGAGAGUACUCACGGCAGUGAUGCGUGCAACGGCAUCAUGCUGCAUGACAACGUGAUACAGAGUCGUCGUCGGAGUCGACGGGAAAGGUGUGGAGCUUCACAUGAUGCUGAAUUCUAAUUUAAUUUACUGGAAGUGUGUGUAGUAUGGCUGAGCAGACCGUGCACGUGUUGGAAUCAAUACAUGAGCUUAUAUAGGUGGAUGACUGCCCACACAGGGGAGGUACAUCGGACUUGAUACACCCUCCUCACUUUUCAUGUCUGCAGUCAGGGCAGAAUUUGACAAAAGGUUUAAUCACGUCGGUUAAAUUACUUUGCGUGUAUAAAUAUUGGAUUUGUUGCUGACACAUUCACAGUUUAUGGAGAAACCUGCUGGAACCACUUUAUAUUUGCUGGUUGUAACAGGUGAGACACAUGGGAAUCGUUCAACAGUUGGAUCAAGUGUCGAAUGAUAUCGGUGGCAGUCUUCAUAUACUUGUGUUUGAACAACUAUAAGUAUUUAUAACAAGCGGCGGGGGAGGAACAUAGAGACAGAGCCUUGGCGUUUGCGAUGAAAACACGUGGACCUCUAGCAAUAGAUAAUGCGUAUCCACUUCCGAUACGGUUUGCUGUUGGGGACUGUGGUCGUGGUGCUGGUUGUGGGGAAGAUAUACCAUCUUGUCAGCACCACGACACAGCGGACAGACAGUCUCAAAAGGGCGUACAUCAACCAUGGAAAGUCGAAGGACGACAACACUUUAAUCACAAAAUAUGGCACGAAUGACCUUCGUCUUGCGGGCGAGCUGGGAAGGGGCGUGGUCCUGGCACCCGAGGAGAAGCGCCGGGCCGAGUGGGCCAUGAAGAAAUACCGGGUGAACGUCUACGCUAGCGACAUCAUACCCCUCAACAGACUGGUCCCCGACUCAAGGCCGACCGGAUGUCAGAGCAUGACGUACCCGGAUGAUCUCCCGACAACCAGUAUAGUCAUCCCUUUUCACAACGAGUGGCCCUCCAUCCUGCUGAGGACUGUCUACAGCAUCAUCAACAGGACGCCCAGCCACCUACUGAAGGAGAUCAUCCUCGUCGACGAUGAGAGUGACUUGGCUGAGCUGAAGGAGGAGCUGGACACGUACAUCAGGACUCACCUGGAGAAGCGGGGCGUCAUGCUGGUCCGUCUGCCCCGGAGAGUGGGGCUGAUAAAGGCACGUCUUGAAGGAUUCAAGUACGUCACGGGCAAAGUGGUGUCCUUCUUCGACAGCCACAUGGAGGUGAACGUUGACUGGCUUCAGCCUCUCCUGGUGGAGAUCAAGAGGAAUCGCUCCACGGUGGCCAUGGGUCACCUGGACUACAUCAAGGCAGACACCCUUCAGUAUGACUUCGAGCCCGGCUACAAGACUAGAUACGGAUUUGAUUGGCGACUCGUCUUCUUUGAAACGUUCUUCCGCAAGAACCAACAAGAGCUGAGGACCGAGACGGAAUCUCUGCCGGGCGUCGUGAUGGUGGGUCCAGCCUUUGCCGUAGAUGCCGAUUAUUUCCGUGAAAUCGGAACAUACGACAGCGGCAUGGAGAUCUGGGGUGGAGAGAACAUAGAACUGGCCUGGAGGGUGUGGCUUUGUGGGGGUCAGCUGCUGCACAGCCCCUGUUCCAAGAUCGGCCAUAUCGCCCGCUCCCAGCCCUACUCGUUCCCAGCCGGGCGCUAUCAGACGGAGAUGCAUAACUACAAGCGAGCAGUGGAGGUGUGGAUGGGCGACUACAAGAAAUAUGUGUAUGAAUACUUCCCGUGCAAUGAAGGUGAGGAGCGCCUCGACGCCGGGGAUUUGAGUGAGCGCGUUAAACUGCGAGAGAGCCUCAAGUGUCAUGAUUUUGGAUGGUUCCUUGACAACGUUUGGCCAGAGCUGUUUGCUUACGCCGAGAACGUCUUUGCCUGGGGAGGGCUAGAGAACCCCGACCUGAGGAUGUGCCUGGAUAAUGACGAGUAUUUGUUCCAAGCGCCCAACCCGCUCACCAUCAAGCCCUGCACACAGAGCCUACCAGCGCAGGGUUUCUCGUGGACGCACCGACGGCAGCUGCGGACCACCCUGCAGUGUGUCGUGGUACUGACAGAGGAGAUGGACGUGGUGCCUUUUCUCCAGGACUGCAUCGAGGGCCCACAGAAACAUGGGACUACAUACUGGACGGGAUGUUGAAGCAUGAGAAGACUGGUCUGUGUCUGGAGGUGAUGACUGGGCCGAAACUGACUCUCCAGAAAUGUGAUCACAACAACAAAGGUCAAAAGUGGAAGUUCACUCAUUAUGACCCCUCUUUCAAAGACCGGGCGAGAACGGCAGCGAACAUCACUCUCAACAAAGUGGUUCAGUUAGGGGCGGGUCCCGGAUAGGGCACUAGAGACUCCGGGAUAACACAGUGUGUUUUGACGUUGUACUUGCGGACAUGGCCAGGUCGUGCAUUCAGUACCCUGGAGGACGGAAGUCGGGGAUCAUGCCAUGCCCGGCAUCUCAUGCAGUGUCUCAAGCCACAGUAUGAUGGAGUCAUAUAUUGCAAAGAUGCGAAGGAGGACUGCAACUCGAGUCGUAUGGAGCCAUUGUUAGACGGCACCCCUGUUGACAUAAACAACAGACUGUCAUCACGGUGCUGUGCCGCCAUUAUUGGUGGGAUCCUUGAACAUCACGCUGGUGUCAGGGAGCGAUGUCGCCAUUGUUGGACAAAUAUUUGGUACACCAUGGCAUCAACAUUUUUGUGGGAGUGUUUUUAUACAUGCUUAAAGAUGGGGAACACUUACUAAAACGAUUCUAACUAAAUGGUACGGUAAUUUGCUGUGUGAGACGUCGUAUUAAUUACGAAAUGAGACGUUUAAAAUGAUGUGAACGUCAUGGUGCUAUACACGAAGUGCUUUACAAACCAUGGGACGGUAUUGCAGCUAUGAAAUCCCUCGAAGUCAUUGCAUCGCACAUCGAACAACUGGGGAUAUGGUUCUGCGCUUACCAACUGUCAUAAAUAGUCACAGCUAGCAGUUCA